AUGAAAAUGUGGACUCCUUUUCUCCUGAGCUGCCUGCUUUAUACCAUGGAGAUAGUGGCACAACCGAAGUACCUGAUCACCCUCCCAGCUGAACUUCCCUUCCCCUCUUCCCAGAGGGUGUGUUUGGACCUCCGUGGAGUGGAAAAGCCUAUUCGUGUGUCCUUAACUCUUGUGCAGCCAUCUAUCAGCCUCAGCCUCUUCCGCAAGGUUGUCCGGAACAACUGGAUUUUUGAGUGCUCCAGAUUUCAGGUCCCCCAACCUGCAGGUUCACAAGAGGUGGUCACUGUACAGCUGCACAUCUCCAAUGGCCACUAUUUCAGUGCUAAAGAAGAGAAGAAAGUCCUGAUCCGCAGGGCUGGCACAAGCACAUUCAUCCAGUUGGAUAAACACACUUAUAAACCAGGACAGACAGUGAAAUUUCGAGUAGUGACAUUGACUGAAGAUUUUGUUCCUGUAAACAGCAAGUAUUCGGUGGUGGAAAUACAGGAUCCAAACCAAAACCAAAUUGGCCAAUGGCUGGAUGUGAGACCAAGACAGGGCAUUGCAGAUCUCUCUUUCCAGUUAGCUGCUGAACUCUCCUUGGGGACUUACACCAUUAAUGUCAUGAACCCAAAGGUGUCCAGUACAUUUCAAGUGGAGGAGUAUGAGUUGCCAAAAUUUGAUGUUUUCUUCGAGAGACCAGCUCAGAUUUAUGCUUCAGAUAAAACUUUCCUGCUGCGUGUUUGUGGCAGGUACCACUACGGGAAAGCAGUGCAAGGGACCAUGCAUGUCACAGUGUGCCAGAAAGUGAGGAGGCGUCUUCAAAAUGCCAGCAAAGAUAUCUGUAGGGAGUAUAGUGGUCUGACAGUGAGCAAGGGCUGUUUCACCACUUCUGUAAGCAUGACAGUCUUUAACCUGGCACACAGUGAGGAGGACAGCAAGCUCUAUGCAGAGGCCUCUCUUCUGGAGGCUGGCACAGGGGUGCAAAUCAACGCCUCCAGGCAAAUCCCUAUCUCCAGGACAACUGCAAGGGCUGUGUUUGAGACACCGAAUGCUUACUACAUCCCUGGAGUACCCUACAGAGGGAAGAUUAAGCUUCAGGAUCACCAUGGAAAUGGUAUGAAAAACAAAAAAGUUUAUCUUGUGAUAAGGUUCAUGAGGCGCCGGUUCAUCAAAGUGUAUAUCACGGAUGGCAGUGGAAGAGCAGCAUUCAACCUGGAUACAUCUGCCUGGAACAGCUCCUCAGUCUCUUUGGAGGGAAGGUUCAAACCAGAGGAUCUUAUGCAUGCACCUCGAAGAACUGGCAUCAAUUACACAAAUGCUUACCAUCAGCUGCAACCCUUCCACGUCACCACAAAGAGCUUCCUGGACAUACAGCCGCUCACAGGAACACUGCCCUGUGGGGUGAAACAGAGUGUCCAGGUGACAUUCACACUCAAUCGAGAUGACCUGGGAGAAGAUACCAGCCGUAUUGGCUUUGCAUAUUAUGUUACUGGCAAGGCUGGAAUUGUUGUCAGGGGACAAAGGAGUGUCCAGAUUGGGAAGCUGAACAUGUUGAAAGGUUCAUUCUCCAUCCCUCUGACCUUCACUGCUGACUUCACCCCAUCACCUUCCUUAGUGGUGUAUGCCAUCUUCCCCAAUGGAGGGGUGACAGCUGACAGCAUCCAAUUUGAUGUUGAUUUGUGCUUUGAAAACCAGGUGAAGGUGAGUUUCACAGCUAAAGAAAUCCACCCUGGAUCAACAGUGCAACUCCAACUGCAGGCAGCUCCUGGCUCCAUCUGUGCAGUACAGGCAGUGAAUGAAAGAAAGUUUCUCACAAGGCCAGAGAGAGAGUUGACAAGCCAAAUGAUAUAUGGUUUGUUCCCUGAUAUCUACCGGCAUGGAUAUCCUACCCAAGUAGAAGAGUAUUCAAAUCACUGCAUUCGGUCUCAAUCCAUGUCACCUCUCCUGCAAGGAAAAUCACAGCUUUCCAUUCAGCCUGACAUUUUUAAUCUUUUCUGGAACAUGGGUCUGAAAAUCUUCUCAAACCUUGAAAUCAAGAAACCAACUAAGUGCUUUCACCGAGCAGAUAGAAAGCCCACCAUGGGGGGGCCUUCUACAGAAGAGCAAAGAGACUCUAUGGAACAACCUCAAUCCACAACCCCAGGUAGACUUCAAGCGUAUUUCCCUGAAACUUGGAUCUGGAGUCUGUUUUCUAUUGGCUCCAAUGGCAGCAGGGGUGUCCUAGUCACAGUGCCUGAUACUGUUGCUGAGUGGAAAGCCAGGAUGUUCUGUUUGGCUGGGAGAGGCUUUGGCCUUGCCCCAGUCACAAGCCUCAGGACUGUCCAGCCCUUCUUUGUGGAUGUGACAUUGCCAUAUUCUGUGAUCCAGGGAGAGACCUUCACGCUAAAGGCUACUGUGUUCAACUAUCUGCAGCAGUGCAUACAGAUCCAUGUGGGCCUUGCUAAAUCCCUCGACUUCCAGGUGGAGCAGUGCAGAACCUGCAGAGACAGAGAAUGCAUUUGUGUGGAGGAGUCCAAGAUCUUCAUGUGGAAUGUGACAGCAAUCCAGCUUGGAACUCUGAAUGUCACAGUCAGGAUUGAGGUACUUGAUGCCACCUCACGCUGUGGCGACAAGAAGCCUUUCCCAUCAACCAUGAGACGAAAGCACACUGUGGUCAAACGUUUGCUGGUCCAGCCAGGAGGCGUGCUAGUGGAGAAAACCUACAGCUCCCUGCUGUGCCCAAGAGGAGGAAACAUAGCUGAAGACCCUGUGUCCCUUCACCUCCCUGCUAAUGUAGUAAAGGGAUCUGCAAAGGCUUCCAUUUCCAUCUUAGGUGACCUGAUGGGGAUAGCAUUGCAGAACCUAGACCACCUGGUGCAAAUGCCCUAUGGCUGUGGAGAGCAGAACAUGGUGCUGUUUUCCCCCAUUGUCUAUGUGCUGCAGUACCUGGAGAAGACAAGGCAGCUGACCCCAGAGAUCAGGGAGAGGGCAGUGGGUUUCCUGCACAAUGGGUAUCAGACACAGCUUCUUUAUAGGCACAGAGAUGGAUCUUACAGCGUUUUUGGGCAUCAGGAUAGGGAAGGGAACACUUGGCUGACAGCUUUUGUGGUCAAGAGUUUUGGCCAAGCCAGGAAAUACGUCUACAUAGAUGACAAGAAUGUCCAGGAUGCCUUGCAUUGGCUAGAGCAAAACCAGCUUCCCAGUGGCUGCUUUGCCACCAAAGGGAGGUUUUUUCAUUCCUCUCUGAAGAGUGGUGAGAAUGAUGAAAUUUCCUUAGCAGCAUACGUUGCUGCAGCACUGCUGGAAUUGGAUCAGCCACUUAAGGGCAAACUGUUGCAGAAUACCUUCAGCUGUCUCCAGAAAGCAGUUCACAACAUCACCAACAUCUACACAGAAGCUGUCCUGGCCUAUGCCUUUGCCUUGUCUGGAGACUAUGAGACAACCCAGGAGUUGCUGUACAAGUUGGAGGAGCAGGCCAUCAAAUCAGGAGGACAAAUUCAUUGGAGUCCCAAACCAAGCUCCCCAUCUUCCACAGACUUCUGGCCUAGGACUCAGUCAGUGGACAUAGAAUUAACAGCCUAUGUGCUCCUGGCCUACCUCUCAAAACCACGAGUGCAUGCAGGUGACAUGACAAUUGCAAGCAGUAUUGUGGCAUGGCUGAUUCAGCAGCAAAAUGCCUACGGGGGCUUUGCUUCCACACAGGACACAGUUGUUGCCUUGCAAGCCUUGGCCAAGUAUGCAGCAAGAACAUUCAGCACAUCAGGCCAAGCACUUGUGAGGGUGAAGUCCAAAAGGGGCCUUGGGAAGACAUUCCAAGUCACCCGCCAGAAACGGCUACUGUUGCAGCAGGCAGAACUGACAGAAAUACCGGGGGAUUUCUUCGUGCAGGCCCAUGGCAGCAGUUGUGUCUUUGCUCAGACAGUGCUGAGGUACCAUGAGCCUCCCCCAAGGACAACCACAACCUUCAGUCUGCGUAUCAACACACAGCUGACCAACUGUAGCCAGGCCAAUAUGCGUGUCCUCACCGUCCGUAUCCUUGUCAGCUAUGUUGGGAGCAGAGUCACUUCUAACAUGGUGAUUGUGGAAGUCUCCCUGCUGUCUGGCUUCAUCCUGACAUCAGGAUCAAGGAUGCUGCUGCAGCGCAAAACCAUCAUUAAAAAAAUAGAAGUAAAAGCUGAUGUGGUCUACAUUUAUCUGGAAAAGCUCAGUGAUGAAUCUCAGACUUUCAUUCUGCAACUGGAACAAAUGAUUGAGAUGAAGAACCUGAAACCAGCCAGCAUCAAAGUCUACGAUUACUACCAGCCAGGUUGGUUGCAGGUUUCUCUGCUACUCUGAAGCUAAGAACU